CUAAGCGAGCCUGGGCAAUGGCGGGCGCCCCUCCCCCAGCCUCGCUGCCGCCUUGCAGUUUGAUCUCAGACUGCUGUGCUAGCAAUCAGCGAGACUCCGUGGGCAUAGGACCCUCUGAGCCAGGUGCGGGCUAUACUCUCCUGGUGUGCCAUUUUUUAAACCUGUCUGAAAAGCGCAGUAUUCGGGUGGGAGUGGCCCGAUUUUCCAGGUGCCGUCUGUCACCCCUUUCUUUGACCAGGAAAGGGAACUCCCUGACCCCUUGCGCUUCCCGAAUGAGGCAAUGCCUCGCCCUUCUUUGGCUCACACACGGUGUGCGCACCCACUGACCUGCGCCCACUGUCUGGCACUCCCUACUGAGAUGAACCCGGUACCUCAGAUGGAAAUGCAGAAAUCACCCGUCUUCUGCGUCGCUCACGCUGGGAGCUGUAGACCGGAGCUGUUCCUAUUCGGCCAUCUUGGCUCCUCCUCAGCAUACUUUUCGACACCUGGUAAAUAUUCUUUUAUCAAAGACAAUCUUGAACUUCUGUAAGAAAGAAAAGGAAAAAGAAUUAGAACCAAUGGUUUUUUCCUUUAAUGAAUUGCGUUCUUUUAGAAGAUGAGCUGUUGAUAAGUUCUUUACUUUGGGGACACUAACUUAGGCUUGUAUUUGUUUUUUUUCCUUGAAAACUAGUUUGAAUGUAAAAAGUACACAUUUUGGCUAUAAUUAAAAUGUCAAGAAAUGACAGAUGCUGGCAAGGCUGUGGAGAAAAGUAAGUGUUUUUACACUGCUGGAGGGAAUGUAAAUUAGUUAAGCCACUGUGGAAAACAGUUUGGAGAUUUCUCAAAGAACUUAAAACAGAGCUACCCUUCAAUGCAGAAAUUCCAUUAGAGUAUAUAUCCAAAGGAAUAUGGAUUAUUACCUCAAAAAGACACAUGCACUUAUAUUUUCAUUGCUGUGCUAGUCACCAUUGCAAAGACAUGGAAUCAACCUAGGUGCCCAUCAGUGGUGGAUUGUAUAAAAAAAAUGUGGUAUAUAUGCAACAUGGAACGCUACAUAGCCAUGAAAAAAAAGGAAUCAUGUCCUUUGUAGCAACGUGGAUGGAGCUGGAGACCAUAAUCCUAAGGGAAUUAACAUCAGAACAGGAAACCAAAUACUGCACGUCCUCACUUAUGAGUGGGAGUUAAACACUGAGCACACAUGGAUAUAAAUAUGAAAAGAAUAGACACGGUGGAUUACUAGUUGGGAGAGGGAGGCUGGGGCAAGGUUUGAAAAACUAUCUUUUGGGUACUGUGCUCACUAGCUGGGUCCAAUAUACUCAAUGAACAAUCCUACACAUGUACCCCCUGUAUCUAAAAUAAAAGCUGAAAUAUAAAGAAAAAAGAAAGGGCCUUAAUAUUUAUAUAAAAAUUAAAAUGAGACCUUUUUUUGGUAAAAAUAGUUUAUGCUGUUGAUGUUAAUGAGGUUAAUUUUUGAUAAAAAUAUAUAUAAUUUUUGUUAUGUAUUUAUGAAAAUAAUAACCUGUUAUUGAGUCAAAGCUUUAAUCAGAAUCUCACAUGGGUCAUUGGCCCAUAAGAGUUUAAUCAUUAUUCAUCUAGAUUGGUUUCAACUUCCCAACAACUCAACUCCACUACUUCAAACCCCUGAUAAAGGUUAAGGGAAAACAAAAUCAUUUAGGGUUACCCAAAUGAGCUGUCCCACUUCCAGUAAUGGUGAACUAGCUUGUUGUAGACCAACUCUUGCACAAAGAACAACUAACAGAACAAAGUCGGCUUCAAAGCAUUGGGGAGGUAUCAUGGCACUGAGGGCUUGGGGCACAUGAGGGUACAGAUGUGACCGGUGUGGAUCCAUGAACAAUAAACUGCCACUUUUCCCUCCUUCAAUUUCUGGAUCUACAUAAUCUCUAGAAUCUUGAUAUAAUCCCAGGGACAGAGGAUAGUCCCAAGAAAGACUUCCAAGGAAUUUCUUAUUAUCCAGUGGUAAUAGGAAUCAACAAUAACAAAAAACCUAAUACAUUGAAAAUAAUGAGAUGCUAUAUGUCUUGUGUAUUUGAGGAUAUAUAUAUAUUUAAAUUUAAAAAUAAAUUUUACUGUCGAAAAUGCAAACUUGGGGAGGGCAGAAAGAUCACAAACAAGGCUGCCACUUCACACCUGGAGGGUUGCAUGGCGGCGAGGCAGAGGCUCUCCUCACUUCCCAGAUGGUGGGUCGUCUGGGCAGAGGCGCUCCUCACUUCCCAGACUGUGCGGUGGCCGGGCAGGUAUUUGAGGAUAUUUUAUAUUAAUUUGUGUGGACCUCAUGUCUGAGUCUAAAUAUCUCCUAGGGGCAAUGUUUGUCACCAGUAAUCGAUGUAAUUGUUUUUAUCUCAAUUCAGAUACAAGAGAAUCAAGUUGUGCCUGCUUAGUUCAAUCAUGGAUAGAUCCAAUCAUGGAUACCAGUUUUCAAAAGAACAACCCAAUACUACUUUUAGGAAAAGGAUUUGGUUCAUGUUGUUAGUUCACCUCUCACAUCUCAUUUAGAAGAGAUCAGGCCAAAACAACAAUUUUCACUUUGUCUCUGUCUACUGGUAUACUAGUAUAUGCUUUUAUUUUCAAUCUCUAGUAGUUCCCAUCUUCUCCAUUGCUUGUUUUUGCAUUACUCCCUGGACAGGCUCAAAUAACUUAAUGUUUGUUUGGAGAUGUGACCUGAGCCUGCCCACAAUUCUGCUUUUGCUCUGAUUUAGCAUUCUCUCUCCUGAUUUUGUUUUAUAUUAUAUUAUAUUUUAUAUUGGUGUAUCUCUUCUUUUUGCCUUUGCUCGUACCAUUUCAGCACUCUUGAUUCAAAGGCAUGCCACUGUAAUCUAGAAAUUUAUACAGGACAAAUAAAUGGAAAGAAGCAAAGAGAAUGGAGCAUAGGGUUGUUAAUGGUCAAGACCAGAACGUGAUUAGGGGAGCAUAAUAGGAGACAGAUGAGAAACAAAGGAGUCUCUAAACUACUUUACCUCCAGAUAGCUAAGGAGAAUGUAUUCUUUUAUUGGACCACCAAGUGAUUCAAUCCUUGGGUUUGUGUUUCUUUGUCUCUGAUGUGAACUGGAAACAAAUGUUGACAUAACCACUUCUUCUCCCUUGUCCUUUUAUGAUCAAAUGCAUCUCAAAUUAACCAUUGGGGAAGUUUUCUGAGCUUUUGUCCUGUUGCUCAAUGUCUAUUUCAUCAUUCGCUAUAGCUCUAACUAUCUUGUCACUUUAAAAAUCCCUGUUCAGUUUAAAACCAUUGUUGAGAGUUUUUAUGGAGGCCCUAUUAUGAAGGCAUGUUUGGUUACGUCAUUAGCCAUUAGUGAUUGAACUCAAUCUCCAGGCCUUUUUCUUCCCUGGAGGAGUGGGGCUGAAAGUUUCCAUCCUCUAGUCACAUGAUUGGUUCCUCUGGAAACCAGCUCCCAUCCUGAAGCAGUCUUGGGGAACAUCAAGAGUUACCUCAGGAGCAUAGACACCAGGCUUGGUUAAACUUGUUAUGAAUAAUAAAAUACUCUCUUUUCAUCUUAAAAUUUUUUUUAAUGUUCAGCUAGGUAACUAUUGUUAACUUUUCUCUUUUGUCUUUUAUUGCCCUGGAGCUAUUUCAGAAACUUGGAACAAAAAACAAAUAGAUAACAUAAGAUGUUUCUUGCACCUUUAUUACUCUAGAACAUGGUUGAGAAGCUGAGGAAAAAACCCAAACAUUAUAACCAAAGAUGCUCUUAUCAUCUCUAUCAACCAGGAAGUUUUAGGGUUUCAGAAGCUCUGUGAUAAAAAUGAAAUAUGCAUGUUUCUUAUAAUAUCACAAGUUCAAUAUUCAUAGUAGAUUUUCUUGUAUACAAGAUUGCUCACUUGAGAAUGUGGAGCUGUUUGUGAUGUUAAUAGAAUGGUCUACAUUUUAGAGACUGCAUGUGAGUGAUUAAGUAUCUCAAAGCCCUUGGGUAAUGAUUGGAGGAAACCAAAAUAACCUUCUCUAAGAUAACUGCAUAUUGUUGAGCUGAAAAAGGUGGCAAUGUAGGAGAACAUUCUUCCCCUCCUUCUUCUUGCCUGUUGGCAGAACAACAGUUUACAAAGACGAAGGUCUUCCUGCCCUUCUUUCUACUUCUCCCAGCUAAGGAUUAGCUCCUUCACGAUACUUGUAAAAGGAUUUAGAAGCAGAUUUUACUCUUCCUGUUAAAAUACCUUCCUGUAUUUCAUUUCCUUUUGGAAUCCUGAAGAUACUCUCCUUCUUUGUCUUUUCACUAUCAUCCUAAAGGAAGUAGCUGAAGCCACAUUAAUAUAGAGAGUUUAUUUGGGCCAAGGUUGAGGACAGCUACCCAGGAAAACACUUCCAAGUUGCCUUGGGAAGUGGUCUAGAGAACAAAGGAAAGACUGAAGAUUUUAAAGAAAAAAGAAUGAAUCUGAAAAAUCAUGGAACCAUCCCAAAUGCUCAUCAAUCAAUGAGUGGAUAAAGAAACUGUGGUAUAGAUAUACAAUGGCCUACUACUCAGUCAUAAGAAGGAAUGUAUUAACAGCACUUGCACUGACCUGGAUGAGAUUGGAGACUAUUAUUCUAAGUGAAGUAACUCAGGAAUGGAAAACCAAACAUCAUAUGUUCUCAAUGAUAUGGGGAGCUAAGCUACGAUGACACAAAACAUAUAAGAAUGGUACAAUGGACUUUGGGGACUUGAGGGGAAGAGUGGGAGGGGGGCGAGGGAUAAAAGACUACAAAUAUGGUGCAGGGUGUGCUGCUUGGGUGAUGGGUGCACAAAAAUCUCACAAAUCACCACUAAAAACCUUACUCAUGUAACCAAAUACCACCUGUACCCCAAUAAUUUAUGGAAAAAUAAAAAUUAAAAAAAGAAUGAAUCAGGAGAGGGAGUGAAUUAAAAAGUUACUCAUCAGUAAAUUAUCAUUGGUUUACAGAAACCACAUUGAUUAGUAAUCAGCUGUAUACUGUUAACUUGUAGGGUUCAGUUAGUCUAGAACCCAUGUAGCAAAUGGCUUCAAGAGGUAAAUUUAGCUCAAGGUGGGAGUGAGGCAUGACUCCUGUCAUGUCUCUCUCAUGAGUCCACUCUGGACUUGAUAGUUUCAAGGCACUCACAUUCCUCAAAUAACAGUUUUUUUUUUGUUUUUUUUUUUCAUUCUCAGCACUCCAUAAGAUUUAUGGCUGUUUGUUAACAUACUAUUUAAGUAAGGCCUGUAAGCCACUGCUGUGAAAGAGAUAAAUACAUUUGAACUGAGUUCUCUCCUGAGUGAUGGGUAUAACACGCAUUGAUAAACUCCUGUUUUUUCUCUUGUUUCUCUGCCUUUUGUUUUCAGGAGAGUGUCUCUACUAAGAAUCUAUGAGGACAAGAAAACAAAUCAUAUUUUCUGUGCUACAGUAUAAAAUUCAUAAAGCCUGUUUCUGAUUUUAUAUCACUUCAGGCUCCCUUUUGCCUAAUCAGGGAGAUUACAAAAUAUCACUGACAUCUGCCCAAUAUUAGUCUGGAUGCAGUAAGAAUGUUUCAUCACGUUUGCAGACUGAUUUCAGAAUGUUUCAUUUUGCAGUCACAUUCCUUAACAACGUUCAUGGGUUUUGUUAUUUACUAUGUUACCCUUCAUAUCUAAACCACAUCCAUUCAAUCAGACUUUUGCUUACUUCCUAGGACACUGUUCAACACAUGGAUUAAGGCUUGCAUAAAAUAAGUAGCCAAUGUAAAGUUUAGUUAGGGAGCACUUAAUUUAACGAAGGUCUCUAAAUAGAUUUCUUUUAGGAGAUACAAAAUUUUCUAUUUUGCAUGCCAGAAUGAAUAGGAAUCAGACAGAGAAAUUUUAUGUUAGAAACUGAAGAAAUGAUCUAAGUAUUCUUGUCAAAGUUCUCAUGAAUGGUUUUCAAUAUGUUUCUCAAUUCCUCUUUUGUUUUUUUUUAACCCCACGUAUCGAAAUCACUGGAAACUUUAGUUGUAACUGUGACUUCUUCUUUUGAGGUACACUUAAUGUUGGAAGUCUCUUAGUCCUAUGAGAGUGUGUAGCAGUUUGUCCCUGAGCUCUAGCUUCUUUAAAUGAAGCUGUGUCUCUGGGCAACAUCUUUAGGGAGAGAGGUACAAAAGGUUCCUGGACCUUCUCAACACAGGGAGCCUGCAUAAUGACGCAAGAGCAGCAACCUCAAGGUACAGAGAAAAGAGGCUGGUGGUCCCUGAGACUCUGGUCUGUGGCUGGGAUUUCCAUUGCACUCCUCAGUGCUUGCUUCAUUGUGAGCUGUGUAGUAACUUACCAUUUUACAUAUGGUGAAACUGGCAAAAGGCUGUCAGAACUACACUCAUAUUCAAGUCUCACCUGCUUCAGUGAAGGGACAAAGGUGCCAGCCUGGGGAUGUUGCCCAGCUUCUUGGAAGUCAUUUGGUUCCAGUUGCUACUUCAUUUCCAGUGAGGAGAAGGUUUGGUCUAAGAGUGAGCAGAACUGUGUUAAGAUGGGAGCACAUUUGGUUGUGUUCAACACAGAAGCAGAGCAGAAUUUCAUUGUCCAGCAGCUGAACGAGUCAUUUUCUUAUUUUCUGGGGCUUUCAGACCCACAAGGUAAUAAUAAUUGGCAAUGGAUUGAUAAGACACCUUACGAGAAAAAUGUCAGAUUUUGGCACCUAGGUGAGCCCAAUCAUUCCGCAGAGCAAUGUGCUUCAAUAGUCUUCUGGAAACCUGCAGGAUGGGGCUGGAAUGAUGUUAUCUGUGAAACUAGAAGGAAUUCAAUAUGUGAGAUGAAUAAGAUUUACCUAUGAGUAGAAGCUUAAUUGGAAAGAAGAGAAGAAUUACUGAUGUAAUUUUUUAACUGACGUCUUUAAAAUUGAAACCUAUCAUGAAAUGAUAAUUUCUUCCUGUAAUUUACACAUAAUCCUUAUGUUAUAGAGGUUCAUAGAAAUGGAAAGAUACCUGUUUCCCUUUAAUCAAUCUUCUCGUUUCCUCUUUUCCACUAAUGAUAGAAUGCACCCUUCCUCUCUUUGUUCCAUUCUUUCACUUGUUAUUUAUUUUUUUCUUUCUUCAUACUUCAUUACACAAACAUUUAUUGUUUCAGAGACUGUACUAUUUUGUUUGUUAGAAGAUUUAUAAGGCAGUAUCUUUUGAAAAUUAUGACUUUCCUUCCUCAAUAUACCAUAAAGAAAUCUUUUUGGUCAAGAUGGUAGUUGGAACUACAAUCAUCUGAAGGCCUGAUAAGAGUUGAAAGACCUGUUUUCUAGAUGGCUCACUCACAUGGCUGGCAACUUGGUGUUGGCUAUUAAUGUAUCCUGGAAAUAAAUUUUAUUCUGCAGUUAGGGAUUUGGCAUUUUAUAUAUGUUGAUUCAAUCAAGUUUGGCAAGCAGGAUGUUUGAUACUGCUAUAUCCUGUAUUCUUGGUUUACUUGUUUUAUUUCUGAGAAAUAUGUGUUAAGAUCUCUUGCUGAUUGGGAAUUUGUCUAUUUCUCAUUUAAAUUUGUGAAAUCUUUCUUUGCUUGCAAGCAUCUCUUGUUACCCAAAUCUAAUCUAAUCCUGAAAAUAUGAUGGUUAGCAAAGUUUGAGAUAACUAGAGCCUGUAAUCCAUCAUUUUAAAUGGCAAUGAUAAUGAUAGUUUAUCUUUAUUUUAUAUAAAAACCUCAACAAAUUUUCUAAACAACUACCAAAAUGAUCAUUAAUAUAUAUCCACAAAGGAUUUCUGCAUAACAUACUUUAAAACAAAUUACCUAAUUAUUUAGUGCAUAUUAAACUUAUUAGUGGGCACGACUAUAUGCAAAAGUUGCAUGAUAUAUGACACAAAUUAUGUUAUUCUUUUCCAUUGCACUGAAAAUACCAUAAUAUAAAGAAGAAUCCCAUCAUCCAAAUUGAGCCUAUAUUGAUUGAUACUCAGAAGAAUCUGGCAGUAGGAGCCUAUAAAGGGAUAAGAAAUUGGGAAAGGAUUGGGAAGUUGGUAGUACUGAACAUCUUCUCACCUGGACUCAUGAGCAGCUUGAAUAGUUGUUACUGUGAUGCAUAUGUAGAUUCUAACAUAUUUUUCCCCCUUGAAUAGAAAUUUGGUGCAACAAUUUUUUAAAUUAGCAAAUAUUUGGAUAUUAAAGCUUCUUAUAGAAAGAGAUACCUGUAUAUUGAAGCCAUGAUGAGGCACAUACAAUGUUAUAAUUAUUACUUGUACAUGGCAAAUUAAUUUUUUUAUCAUUGUGGAGUCACUUUCUUUAAAUUUAGUAAUGCCUUUGGCUUUAAUUUUUCUCCUGAUAUUAAAAUAGAUACGGUAACUUUCAUUAUGUUAGUGCUGUAAAAUAUUUCUUUUUUCCAUCUUCUAUUUUUGACCAUUUUUGUCUUUGUAUUCCACAUGUGCUUCUUAAUAAGUAGCAUAUAGUUAAAUCUUAAAAAAUUCAAUAUGGCAAUCACCUUUUAGGUCAAAAAUUUAAUCCAUUUACAUUUGUGACAAUUCAACAUAUAUAUGGUUCUAAAUCUGUCAUCUUACUAGGUGGUUUCCACUUCCUCUGCUCCAAAAUAUUUUUUUUACGGCUUAUAACACAACUUUUAUUAGAAAAGUUAUACAUAACAUAGCAUCAACUAUUUUCAAGAACCCAAUAAAGAACAAAAACCAGACUAACAAAAUGUGUAACAAGAAACUAAUGACCUUUCUAAAAUCAGACAUUCGAUUAUCUACAAUGUCUAUUUACAAAAAGGGAAAACUCCAUGGUUUACAGGCAUGUCAUAUUGAAAAUAAAGCUGCAAUAGCUUUUUAUACAAUUAUCGCUCUCGAGAAAAUGAAUCAUUAAGACAGUAAUCAGGAGUUCACAAAUUUAAAACAUUUCACAUAAUUUUAAAUUAUUGAAGUCUGAGUUUCAAAAGUGAUUUUUUUCCCACAAAGGUGUCAACACUUAAGCUAGAACUUUCAGUGUUAAUUUUGCCCUAAAAGUUAAGACAUAUUCUGAUAAUCAUAAAAGUCACAUGAUUUCUGAUGCUAUCUGCUGUGUUAAUAACAAAGCCUGUACACAUGAAUACCUACGUAACAAAUCUCCAUGUUCUACGCAUAUACCCCAGAACUUAAAGUAUAAUAAUAAUAAAACAUAAUAAAGCCUUUA